CGCGGGUUAGGAAGGGGGCGGGGCCGGGCCUCCCUAUGUUCCGCCAGGAGGCGGUGGGGCUGCGCUGUGAGCCGGCGGGAAGGGGCGGGCUCCGCGCAGGGGCGGGGCCGAGCCGAGCCUCUCUGUGAGCCAGGCGGGGCCGGGCCGCGCGGCGGCGCGUGACCCGGAAGCGGAAGCGGAAGCGCGGGGUAGGGGCGGGGCCCGGCGCGGAGCGAAGAUGCCGGCGCUGCUGGAGCGGCCCAAGCUCUCCUCGGCCAUGGCGCGCGCCCUGCACCGCCACGUCAUGGUGGAGCGCGAGCGCAAGCGGCAGGCUGGGAGCGUUUCCCCGCGGCGGCCGGGGGCAGGGGGCGGCCGGCCUGACCCCGGCUGUGUCCCCGCAGAGGAGGAGGAGGUGGACAAGAUGAUGGAGCAGAAGAUGAAGGAGGAGCAGGAGCGGCGCCGGAAAAAGGAGAUGGAGGAGCGCAUGUCCCUGGAGGAGACCAGAGAGCAGUAUGAAAUGGAAUAA